AUGGCAAGGAUCCUGCUGACCGUGGUGGUGAUCUUCAGGAUCCUCAUUGUGGCCAUUGUGGGGGAAACGGUUUACGACGACGAGCAGACGAUGUUCGUGUGUAACACGCUGCAACCGGGCUGCAACCAGGCUUGUUACGACCAGGCGUUCCCUAUUUCUCACAUCAGGUACUGGGUGUUCCAGAUCAUCAUGGUUUGCACCCCCAGCCUCUGCUUCAUCACCUACUCUGUCCACCAGUCGGCCAAGCAGCGGGAGAGGAGGUACUCCACCGUCUUCCUCACCUUGGACAGGGACCAGGACUCCAUGAAACGAGAUGACAGCAAGAAGAUCAAGAACACCAUUGUCAACGGAGUGCUGCAGAACACGGAGAACUCCACCAAAGAAGCUGAGCCCGACUGCCUGGAAGUGAAGGAAAUCCCCAACCCGGCCAUCAGAACCACCAAGUCCAAGAUGAGGAGGCAAGAAGGCAUCUCCCGGUUUUAUAUCAUCCAGGUGGUCUUCCGCAAUGCGCUCGAGAUCGGAUUCUUAGUGGGGCAGUACUUCCUGUAUGGCUUCAACGUCCCUUCCAUGUACGAAUGCGACAGAUACCCUUGCAUCAAGGAAGUUGAGUGCUACGUCUCCAGACCUACUGAGAAGACUGUCUUCUUGGUAUUCAUGUUUGCGGUGAGUGGGAUUUGUGUGGUGCUCAACCUGGCCGAACUGAACCACCUGGGCUGGAGAAAGAUCAAAAUGGCGGUGAGAGGAGUACAAGCCAAAAGGAAAUCCAUAUAUGAAAUCCGAAACAAAGACCUGCCAAGAAUGAGCAUGCCUAACUUUGGCAGGACUCAGUCAAGUGACUCAGCUUAUGUGUGAGCCUGUGACAGAACUGAAACACUGUGCCAGGUGGAACAGACCCAGACAACA